AUGCCUUGCGAGCAGGUCCGGAGGGAUGCAGUGAGCUUCAGCGGCACCAUCACCGCCUGCGAGCGGCGUAGCCGUUGGCCUGAUGCUUUGGAGGUGAUCUCCUUCCAGGAGUCUCAUCCGAGCUUCGGCGUCUUCAGCUGCACCAGCACGAUCACUGGCUGUGCCAAGGAGGAGAGUUGGCACAGGGGACUGGCGCUCUUCGGCCUGAUGCCUGCCGCCCGAGUGGUUCCAAAUGUUGCUGUUGCGAACUCGGCCAUGCGGGCCUUCGAGCGAGGAGCGCAGUGGCAGCCUGCUGUGGAGAUGUUGGGCAGGACAUCUCUCCGAGAUGUCAUCAGCUUCGGCACCGGUGUCAGUGCCUGCGAGCGCUUGGGCCAAUGGCUUCAGGCGCUGGCGGCCCUCACCGGCAUGGUGUGGCUGCGCUUUUUGCCCGAUCUCAUCACCUGCAAUGCUGCCAUCAGCGCCGUCCGGCUGUCAUCGGACGGCUGGAUGACGGCCGCCUCCCUCCUCCGGAGUGCCAGAGAGGCCAAUUUGCGCUUGGAUGCCGUGAGCUACAGCGCCCUGGGCCUGGACGCCCAUGGCGGAUGGAGAUGGACCCUGCAGCUGCUACCCCACAUGCGGCUCGAGCUCAUCGAGGUGGAUGUCGUCAGCCACGGCGUUGUCAUGAGCAGCUUGGAGAAAGCGAGUCGCUGGCAGGGCGCGCUGCGCCUGCUUGAUGUGUUGGCGAACUCGACAGCCACCGACGUGCGGAGCUACAGCAGUGCCAUCAGCGCGUGUGCACGGAGCAGUCAGCGAGCCGAGGCCUUUGCCAUUCUUGACUCCAUGGAAGAUCACUCGUUCCGACCUAACCUCGUCUGCUACUGCUCGGUGAUCACCGCUUGCGAGCGAAGCGGCGAGUGGGAGCUGGCUUUGGCAGUUCUGUCGGCCAUGCCAGCGGCUCGGGUGGUUCCAGAUACCAUCAGCUACAGCAGUGUCAUCAGCGCGAUGGAGAAGGCUGCUCAGUGGCAGCUGGCCUUAGCGCUGCUUCUCACUAUGGGCGCCUCGAGCGCUACGCCGAACGCGAUCUCCUUCAAUGCCGGCAUCAGCGCAUGUGAGCAGCGCGGUCGUUGGCAGGUGGCCGCCUCCUUGCUGGAUCUUCUUCUGCAGUCCGGGCUGCAGCCAGACACGGUGAGCUACAACAGUGCACUGAGCAGUUGUGAGAAGGCUCAAAAAUGGCGGCCUGCCGCGCACCUGCUUCAGGAACUGGCCGGAAGGGAAUUGCAACCCAACGCCAUCACCUUCGGCGCCCUCCUGGGCGCCAGCAAGCAGGCCUGGCAGAAGGCGGGGUGGCUUCUGGCAUCCAUGCCUGGGCACCGUGUUGCAGCCAACUCGGUUUGCCUUGACGAAGCUGCCGCGGCCUACGAAGGGAGUGCCAAUUCUCAACCUAUGGCUGUCCUCCUGGCAGCGUUGUCCGAGAGGGACGUUGCUGACGCUCUGAGGGGGGUGUAG